AUGGCAGUGGUUCUUCCAACCCCUCAAGGGGAUGUGAAGAAAAAGAGCAAGAUGAAACCGCAGCAGCAGCAGCGUGAGAAGCUCACCGAGUGUAUCUUGUGUCGAGAAGCCUUUUCAAGACGUGAAGCACACAAGCACAUGCACGGGAUGCCGCACCACAGAGAGCUGGAGUCAGCGCUGGGCAGGGAUGUGCUCCAUGAAUGCCAGGCGUGUAAGGUGUACGCCAUGACUUUGUGCGACUACACCAAGCACAUCUCCACUCCGCUACACAGAGCAAAGUUGCAGGGCUUGAUGUCUAGAAACACAAAGCCUGUUCCUCUGAUUAAGACUCUGAGCAAUGAAGCCAUCGCCUUGAUCCUAGAGAGAAACAAGACACUGAGGAAAGAGGAGAAGAAACAAAAGGGAAAGGAGAAAAAGAAACAGAAGCAGAUUGCGGCUCAGAAGCAUGUGGAGGAGGUACAGGAAUCCACCAAGAAAAGCGCUGGGGCUUCCAACGUGGUGAAGAUACAUAAAUCCAAAGAAGUGAACCAAAAGACAGAACAACAGAUGCAGCAAACCCUCCAGAAAGGACUGACAUGUCCGAGCAAAGGACAUGGCCUGACAACCGCCACUAUGAUGACUAUUACAGCAAGCAGUAUAGGGGAGCCACCUUGUUUGAUCACAACCCCAAUGAGCGGCCUAGAUCUUCCCAACAGGGACAAGAAAGUUCACAUCAAUCCUCUAGUACUGCCUCAGCGAACAGUUCCUCCGGUGCAGCUCCGCUCAGGGAAACCGACGUCGACCACUGUCGAAGUAACACAAGAAAUGAAUGGAUGCGCAGGCAUUGCCACAUCCUCUGAGCAAAGCAACCCAAAGGUUCGAAUCGCCCACAAACCGAGAAGAAGUCAGGCUGGGAAGGAGGCUAAACGAAAAUCGAUCAACUCAUCAGAGCCCAAGAACAAGCAGAGCUGGAGUGAGAUGUACAACGAGAGGAAAAGAGAGAAGCAGGUCAGCGUCAAAAGAAAGCCCAGGUUAAGAAUUGAGUCGUCGAACCCUCCACCACCUGAACACAGACCGGACCCUGACCUGCCUCUGUCCGAAGGCUUCCACUGGGAGUCGAUCCCAGUCAGUGCUUCAGAGACACACUUGACUUUGCCGCGGCCAGCCCAGGACACGACAGAGAUCGACUCCCACAGGGACGAACAGACCGGGUCUUUGCUGCAGGAGCCUGGCACAUCAGAUCAGGGUGCGAGCAGCCACACGGUCACAGCCGCCCCCGUCAAUGUAGAGCCAAGCGUGGAGCUGGAGAAUGGAGGUUUGAGUCGUGGCAACAAGAGGAAGCUCAACAAUGAUGAGAUUCCUAAAAAGGUGACAAAUAGAAAAAAGAGAAGAACAAUUACAAAGAAAGAUCAGGGUCAAAUGGACCAGCUGCUGGCCGUGUCUCUGAGGGAGGACGAGCUGAGCCACUCGCUGCAGGAUUUGGACAUUUCUCUGAUCCAGGCUCGAAGCGCGCUGCAGGUGGCCUACGCAGAGGUCCAGAGAAUUCUGUUCCUGAGAGAGCAGUUUUCUGCUGAGGUCAAGACUCUGAGAGCCAUACGCAUUGAGAUCCUGCAGGGGAUGCAAGAGGGCUUCUCAGGAGCGUCUAACAUAACCACCGCCUCAUCAGCAGACGUUGCUGCUCCCCUGCAACCACGACACUCCCCCCUUCCUUCCUCUAGUGCCUUCCUGGCUUCGUCCAGCCAGCAACGGUCUGCCACGACCUCAGCAUCUCCCAUCUCCCAUCCUCGUCCGACUCCCACGAGAGUAAAGGAAGAAGCCACAGCUUUACAGGCCGGACAGUUUGUCUCCUCCAGCACCGACGCACCUCACGUACCUCCGAACCAACCUGUGCCUUCAUUUCCCUCUGAGCUUCCCCCCUCACUGCUGCUCAGACCGUCACACCCAGCUGCUCCCACGACCUCUGCUGCUGCUGCCUCGACAUCAGUGAACACACGUCUGCAGCAGUGGCAUGAGUCAAGGGAGGCGUCAAAGGACUGUGUUAGGGCGACAGACCUACCAGCAUGGAUGAUUCUGAGUGAUAUUAAGGAAGAGGCGGGAGGAAAUCUUGGCAGGAGAGCGGCAGAUAAGCCUUUUCCUGAAAUAGUUCAAAACGCAUCCACUGCAGCACUAGUCAAUGAUGAUGGGAACGAGAGCGACGACUCCGUGAAAAUGAUGGAGCCCCCCAAACCGGUGGUUAUCACCAUCGAUGAAUCGGACGACGAGGACUUACACAAGGCUGUCCCGGAUGUUUCAGCUCAUCCAGAGCAGCAGGUUUCAAAUGUGGAGUUGAGUUCUGCCGGCACGCAGACGAUUCAGCAAAAGGAGGUUGACAGAAAGAUUCAGAUUUAUUUUCCAGUGAAAGCUGAAAAAUCUCCUGCAGAGUGUGUUGAGGAGGAGGAGCUGUCCCUGGGAGAGUUUCUUGGUCACACCGGGCCCGUGCACGGCAUGCAAGUCCACGGGUCCCUGUUGUACACAUGUUCAGGGGACAACACAGCACGGGCCUACUGUCUGAGGACCAGGGAGUGCAAAGCCGUGUUUCAGGGUCACUCAAACAAAGUCAACUGUCUGCUGGUGUCAUUGCUCCCCCACUCCCCGACGGCUCGUCUCUACACCGGAUCAAGUGACCAGACCAUCCGCUGCUACAGCGCCAAGUCAAAUAAGUGUCUGCAGCAAACCUGUUUACCAGACAGAGUGCUGUGUUUGCACAUAGCCUGGAACACUCUGUACGCUGGACUCGCCAAUGGAUCAGUCGUCCGCUACGAUUUAAGGACCCUGAGGCAGCUCGAUGUGUUUGAAUGCCACGGCCCUCGGGGGGUGAGCUGUAUGGGCACGUCGCAGGAGGGCGCCUGCCGGAUGCUGCUGGUCGGCUCCUACGACAGCACCAUCAGCGUACGGGACGCCGAGACCGGCCUGCUGCUGCGCUCGCUGGAAGGUCACACCAAGACGGUUCUCUGUAUGAAGGUGGUGAACGACCUGGUCUUCAGCGGCUCCAGUGACACAUCAGUUCACGCCCACAACUUCCAUACGGGAGAGUUGCUUCGUAUCUACAAGGGUCACGGUCACGCUGUCACGUCAAUCGUCAUCUUGGGGAAGUUGAUGGUGACGGCCUGUCUGGAUCAGCUGGUCCGAGUUUAUGAGCUACAGUCCCACGACUGCCUGCAGGUGUACAAGGUUCACAGUGACAUGGUGAUGUGCAUGACCCUUCAUAAGAGUGUGAUCUACACAGGCUGCUACGACGGCAGCGUUCAAGCUGUGAAGCUCAACUUGCUGAAAAACUACCGCUGCUGGUGGCAGAACUGCUCUCUUAUUUUCGGCGUGGAGGAGCACCUUCUGCAGCAUCUUGUUCGAGAUCACAGCAAACCCAGUCUGCACAUGGCGAAAUGUCGCUGGAGAGGCUGUGACAAGUUCUUCUCCACACAAGUGUCGGUUCAACAGAAGCUGCCUGACCACAUGCAGAACCACGUGAAAAACGACAGUGAAGUGGAGGGUCAGCCAUGAAUAUAGUUCUCAUGUUGUUUCAGGAUUUCUUUUGUUGUUUCUUUUCAUUCUUUCAGCAUCUCAGCCUCUAAUCCCUUGUGAAAAAAGGUCUGAACUCCACUUGAUCACCUGAAGCUGUUACAUGAAGAGACCGAGACGUUCAGGGUCAAACUGAACUCAUUCAGUCUCUAAUUUACCAGCGAUUAAACUUCAUUUGUAGAGCCAAAUAAUUCGUUACCCAUUUUUGGGGGAUCAACAUGUUUUUAUUUGGUUGUCACUGUGAAUACAUGACACCAUAGAAUGUACAGCACUUAAUACGCCUCUUCAGAACUGGCAUAUGCAAAGCAACUAUGCUGCACUGAUAUAAUCAGCUCAGUAUGUUUGUCAAGCAGCUCAUCUUGUCAAUUGAAGUUAAAGCUGCCGUGUUUUGCUUCACAUUGACGGUUGGCUCUAACGUGGAGGUUGUGGUUUUUUUUUGUCUUGAGUAUUUGAGGUAAAGGAGAGAAUGAAAGCUGAACAGGGAAAAAAUUUGAUGAAAUCGAAUCCCUCAUCUAUCGGCUCACUUGAUAACUCCCUCGUCCUAAUCUAUUCUUCUGAAUUGCCUGCUAGUUCACUUUAUGGUUUCCUGAAGGUGCUGUUCAGGCUUUUAACUCCAGAUUUAAAAAUCUAAAGUCUGAUAUUCAACAACCUGUGGUUUACAUGUAAAGUUAUUUCAGGUUUGUGUUUUUUUGUUUUCUAACCCCGACCGUUUCAUUAAUUUCUUCCUCAGACUCUUGUGAGAACUUGGAUCAAUAAUCAUAAUUAUGCAUUAAAUGUGGAAAUCAUGUAACUUUACACAUUUCUGGGAGAAUUCCUUUGGAGGAAACCCUCUUGUCCUCUAAGUGACUUUAUACAACACAUCAUCUUUCUGAGGGAUGGAAGAAAAAAGUGACAGUUGUUAUAAGUUGAUAGAUAUAUAGUUAACUUGAACGAGGCUGUAUUCAUGUUAUGGUCUGUAUUUCACUUCACUCACAUAAAAGCCAUAUUGUAAGCAAUAA